AUGGAUUACUCGGAUGAUGAUGGCAUGCUCGAUACUGAAUCAGGUGAAGAUAAUUUAUCCGGUGACUACACGGACAAAGGUGAUCCUGGAUUCGCCGAGGAAGACAUGGACAACAAGGAUUCCACAUCUCAGCUAAGUUACGUUGUUCUGAACGAAGAAGACAUUCGAAAGAAUCAAAUGACCGAUAUCGAACAAGUUUCUACGGUUCUCUCUAUAAGCCAAGUUGAAGCGAUCGCUCUCCUUCUUCACUAUCAGUGGAGUGCUAGUAAAGUCCAAGAUGAAUGGUUUACCGAUGAAGAAAAAGUCCGUAAAAGCGUCGGUUUAUUGAAGGAGCCUGUCGUUGAUCACAACCACAAAGAAGUCAUGAAUAUUCAAUGUGGAAUUUGCUUUGAGUCAUAUCUUCAAAAGGACAUUGCAACGGUUUCUUGUGGUCAUCCUUAUUGCAAGACUUGUUGGACCGGUUACAUCACUUCGAAAAUCAACGCUGGUCCGGGUUGUUUGAUUUUUAAAUGUCCGGACACUUCUUGUUCUGCCGUGGUUAGUCAAGAUAUGAUCGAUAAGUUCAUAUCUAAUGACGCGGAUAGGGAGAAGUAUUAUAGAUAUUCUCUUAGGUCUUAUGUCGAAUCCAGCAAAAAGAAAAUAAAAUGGUGUCCAUCACCAGGAUGCGAAUACGCUGUUGAUUUUGGAAGAGGAAGUGAAAACUAUGAUGUUUCUUGUUUGUGUUCUUAUGACUUUUGUUGGAAUUGUAGUGAAGAUGCUCACCGUCCUGUGGAUUGUGAUACGGUGGCCAAAUGGAUAUUAAAGAACAAUGUUGAAUCCAAGAACACGGCUUGGAUACUUGAGAAUACAAAGCCUUGUCCCAAAUGCAAACGUCAGAUCGAGAAGAACCAGGGGUGCAACCAUAUGACAUGCUCAGCGCCUUGUUCAUUUCAGUUUUGUUGGAUUUGUCUUCGUGCAUAUCCAUGUCCUGGGGAUUGCAACAAGUUUAAGGGUGUUGAUGAGGAUGAUAAUAAGAGAGAAAUGGCCAAAGCUGCCUUGGAUAGAUACAUGCAUUAUUAUGAAAGAUGGGCAAGCAAUCAAUCGUCAAGGUUAAUGGCUAAGAGUGACUUGGAGAAGUUGCAAUCGGUGCAACUUAAGCUGCUUAGUGACAAACAGGGCACACCAGAAACUCAGCUUCAAUUCAUUGUAGAUGCAUGGCUUCAGAUCAUCGAGUGUAGGAGGGUCUUGAAAUGGACAUUUGCAUAUGGAUACUACCUUCCUCAACAUGAACUUGCCAAGAAACAACUUUUCGAGUAUUUGCAAGCGGAUGCUCAAAAUGGUUUGGAGAGGCUUCAUAAUUGUGCAGAGAUCGAGUUUAAACAUUUUGUCAGCGAAACUGAAGACCCGGCUAAAGAUUUUGAUGAUUACCGCAGGAAAUUGACUGGUCUAACUAAAGUAACCAAAACCUACUUCGAAAAUCUGGUGAAAGCUUUGGAGAAUGGCCUUGCUGAUGUAGAAAACAAUGAGCCAUAUGAUAAAAUUUGUGAUAAAUAG